AGCUCAGAGGAGCAGCUCAGAGGUUCGGUUCAGUUCAGCAGGACAACAUGAGGUCCGGGUGGUUCUGGGUUCUGCUCGGGCUUCUGUCAGCCUGUAAGGCAGCAGAGUAUGAGUACAGGUGGGAGUCGGAUCUGCACAUGGGGGGACGGAACUACGGGAAGCCCCCCCAGUGCGUGGACAUCCCGGCCGAGCUGCGGCUCUGUUACGGAGUGGGUUACAGCCGCAUGCUGCUGCCGAACCUGCUGGAGCAUGACCGGAUGGAGGAGGUGAAGCAGCAGGCCAGCAGCUGGGUUCCACUGGUGCACAAGAGGUGCCACCCAGGCACGCGCGUUUUCCUGUGCGCGCUCUUCGCCCCGGUGUGUCUGGACCGGACCAUCUACCCGUGCCGGGGGCUCUGCGAGGAGGUUCGGGACGGCUGCCGGCCCAUCAUGGAAAUGUUCGGGUACCCCUGGCCCGACAUGCUCACCUGCGACCAGUUCCCUCAGGAUGACGUAUGCAUGUCCAUGCCCAACGGCACCGAGGCCACGCCUACAGGUUUUUCUCCUGUCUGCCCUCCAUGUGACAACGAAAUGCAAGUGGAUGCCAUAUUGGAGCACAUAUGUGCAAGUGAAUUUGUUUUGAAGGCUAAAAUCAAGGAGGUGACGACAGAACACACGGACCGCAAGGUGAUUCUGCAGAAGAGGAAGAAGAUGAUUAAACAAGGAACCCUGAGGAAAGAGGACUUAGCAAAGCUUGUAUUACACUUGAGGAAUGGUGCAGAUUGCCCCUGCCAGCAGCUUGAUAAUUUGAGAAACCAGUACCUGAUCAUGGGCCGCAAGGUAGACAACCAGUUCCUCCUCACUGGCAUCCAUAAGUGGGACAAGUCCAGCACAGUGUUCAAAAAGACCAUCAAAAAACUAAAGACCUACAAAUGUCCUGGACAUGAAAAAGUUUUCAAAUAG